CUCUCUCUGGGUGUGUGUGUGGGAACUAGAGAAGAUUCUGAGACAGAUGAUGGUUAGAGGAGCAACAACCAUCAACGGUUGGUUUACCUGCUGAGAGAGCGACGUCCCUUCCAACGUUUUCUCGAUAUUCAAAGCAAAGGCAAAGGCUGGUCGUUGCUUCAGAUCUCCUUCUCGUCGAUUUUUUUAUUAGGCUUUCUUCUCGUAUUUAUGACGAUCUCCAUUACAUCACUGUGACCAGCAUAGACCCAACCCUCUACUGAGCAAAAUGGUGGUUUCCGGGUCUGUGACGCCUGGCCAGGCUUCUUUUUUGCUUGGAUUUGUCCCAGUUCUUAUUGCUUGGAUAUAUUCAGAGAUACUGGAAUAUAGAAAGUCCUCAUCUCCUUUGAAAGUUCACUCAGAUGCCAAUCUGGUUGAAAUGGGAAAUGAGACGAUUAGGGAAGAUGAUCGAGCUGUUUUGCUUGAAGGAGGCCUCACAAAAUCAGGGUCUGCAAGAUUUCAUAAUUCAUCAAUCAGAACAAAUCUAAUAAGGUUCAUAACAAUGGAUGAUUCAUUCUUGCUUGAAAAUCGAGCAACUUUGAGAUCCAUAUCGGAAUUUGGGGCAAUUCUGCUUUAUUUCUACGUCUGUGAUCGUACAGAUUUCUUUUUGCAGUCUACUAAGAAAUACAGUCGUGAUCUCUUCUUGUUCCUCUAUAUUCUUCUCAUCAUAGUUUCAUCCAUGACUUCUCUCAAGAAGCACCAUGACAAGUCAGCAUUCUCUGGAAAAUCAAUACUUUACCUUAAUCGGCAUCAAACUGAGGAGUGGAAGGGAUGGAUGCAGGUCUUGUUCUUGAUGUACCACUAUUUUGCUGCAACGGAGAUAUAUAAUGCAAUACGUGUCUUCAUUGCCGCAUAUGUCUGGAUGACUGGGUUUGGGAAUUUUUCUUAUUACUAUGUACGGAAAGAUUUCAGUCUUGCACGAUUUGCUCAGAUGAUGUGGCGACUAAAUUUUUUUGUGACAUUUUGUUGCAUUGUUCUUAAUAAUGACUAUAUGUUGUACUACAUCUGCCCAAUGCACACACUUUUCACUCUUAUGGUGUAUGGAGCACUUGGUAUUUUUAGCAAGUACAAUGAGAUAGGAUCAGUUAUGGCUGUGAAGAUCAUCACAUGUUUUUUGGUAGUUAUCUUGAUAUGGGAAGUUCCUGGAGUUUUUGAUCUCUUCUGGAGUCCGUUGACAUUUCUUUUGGGAUACAGAGAUGCAGACCCAUCAAAAUCAAACCUUGCACUUUUACAUGAAUGGCAUUUUCGAUCAGGCCUUGACCGUUAUAUAUGGAUCAUUGGAAUGAUAUAUGCAUAUUAUCAUCCCACAGUUGAGAAGUUGAUGGAGAAACUAGAGGAAUCUGAGACCAAGCGAAGAGUCUCAAUCAAAACAACCAUUAUUGCAAUUGCUUUACUAGCUGGUUAUUUAUGGUAUGAAUAUGUUUACAAGCUGGACAAGGUUACAUACAACAAGUUCCAUCCUUACACAUCAUGGAUCCCCAUAACUGUCUACCUUUGCUUGCGGAAUGUCACUCAGCAACUGCGUAGUUUCUCUUUGACUCUGUUUGCAUGGCUUGGCAAGAUAACAUUGGAGACCUAUAUUUCCCAGUUCCACAUUUGGUUGAGAUCAAGUGUGCCCAAUGGACAGCCCAAGUGGCUGCUUGCUCUUAUUCCAGAUUAUCCCUUGUUGAACUUUAUGCUUACAACUGCAAUUUAUAUCUUGAUAUCAUACCGGCUUUUCGAGCUAACAAAUACAUUGAAGGCAGUUUUUGUACCUGCAAAGGACAAUCGGCGGCUGCUAUACAUUUUUAUUGCUGGAAUUGCUAUUUCAAUAUGCUUGUAUAGCAUCUCCUUGGUUCUUCUCCAGAUUUCUCAAACAGUGGUACGCCAUAUGACAAACAUUUAGCAGAUUAAGUGAAAAGUGAGGAGCAACUUUUUAUAUAAUGAAAUUCUUAAGAAUGCUAACAAGCUUGCACAUUGAAUGCAUUUUGACAUCAUUGAUGACAAAUGUAGUAACCAAUUGACUGAUUUUCCAUGUCAUUUCACAUCAUUAAUUUUUGCACCAUGACAUCAUUGCCCAGAAGAA